GAUGACUGUCACAAAGGAGGAGGCUCAUACUCAGAGAGCCCUGGCAACAGGCUCCCAGGCCACCCACCCUGUUCAGCUUGGCUACACACCAGCGUUGUCCCUGGCGUCUUCAUGCUUGGCAAUUGGCUAGAAGUGCUCCGGAGACUCACUUUGCCUCAGUUGGCUGCUCCAUUGUGAGACACAGAAAUAGCCAGGUGAUCUGGUACUGGGGGUGAAAGGCAGAACAGUCAUCACAAAGGACCUCUAUCAAGUGAGGAAACAUAUCCCUCAUUUGUGGGUGUGUUUUCCAACCUAGAAGUUCUCCAAACCCCAAUGCAUAGGUGCUGCGAACCAAGACUCCGACCAGCAGAGCCGAGGAAAGGACAACACAAACGCCAAGUUCUCAGAGCAAAGGCCUUGGCAGCUGCAGCCCAGCACCCUCCUGUCACCUGGCACCCUCCUGCAGCCCAGCACCCUCCUGUCGCCUGGCACCCUCCUGCAGCCCAGCACCCUCCUGUCACCUGGCACCCUCCUGCAGCCCAGCACCCUCCUGUCGCCUGGCACCCUCCUGCAGCCCAGUACCCUCCUGUCGCCUGGCACCCUCCUGCAGCCCAGCACCCUUCUGUCGCCUGGAACCCUACUGCAGCCCAGCACCUUCCUGCUCAGACCUUUUUGGAGUUACUUUACAUCCAGGUUCAGUGAA